AUGUGUACAUUCGGUGGUAUAUUGACAGAAUAUCCAUGGAUUUCAAUUGAUUCAUUUCUUCAAACAAAUUGUGAAGUAUCACGAGUUUUCUUUAUAUCUCAUAUACAUACAGAUCAUCUUCGUGGUUUAGAUCAAUCAACAUUUUCUCAAUAUGUAACAAAUAAUCGUUCAAUUCGUAUAUAUUGUUCAGAUACUACACGACAUUUUCUUUCAAAAUUAUCUGCAUAUAAACAUUUAUCACAAUUCUAUUCAGUUCUUAAUAUUGAUCAACCAUUUACUAUACAAAAUCCUGUAGAUGAAAAUAGCUCAGUAACAGUUACUUGCUGUGGCGCUGGUCAUUGUCCCGGUUCUUUAAUGUUAUUGUUCGAAGGUUCUCAUGGUACAAUUUUAUAUACCGGUGAUUUUCGUCUUUAUUCUCAUCAAUCAAAACGUCAUCGUAUUAUUUUAUCUAAAAAACGUAUUGAUACACUCUAUAUUGACAUGACUUUUUUUGAACCAUCAAUACGACAAUUACCUGAACGUGAACGUGCAUGUGAAAAACUUAUUGAUUUUAUACAACAAUAUGAUAAUCAAUGUUUUUAUCUCAAAACAUCUGCUCGUGUAGGUUAUGAAUAUAUCUAUAUGUCAUUAUAUCAACAUUUUGGAAUUCUAAUACAUGUAAAUUCAGAACAAUAUCAUUUAUAUGAUUGUUUACCACAAGUACAACGAGUGUUAACAAUAGAUGGUAAUAAAACGAGAUUACAUGCUUGUUGGCCAAAAUGCUCACAUACAAAAUCAUCUAUUAAGAUCGUUCUUUCUGUUCUUUGGUUUACACUAGAGCAACAACAACAACGACAAUUUAAAUCUCCUCUUGUUCAAAUCUCUACUGAUUAUUAUCGUCUUUGUUAUUCUCUUCAUUCUUCAUAUAAUGAAAUAUGUACAUUUGUGAAACAAAUAUCUCCAACUCGUGUUCAUCCAAUUGCUUUGCCUGAUCAAAUAAAUUCCGAGCGAUUUAAUGAACUUCUCAAACAAUUGGGAAUUAAUCAAUCUCCAAUAAUAUCUUUUGCACCAAGUAAUGCUCAACAACAAAUUAAACGUCGUUAUCAUCAUACAAUAGAAAAUGUAUAUAAUAAUGAUACUGAUGAAGAACUUGAAUUCGAUUAUCAUGAAAAUCGAAAGACUAAUGAAAAACAAUUAUUCAAACGAAUUAGUAAUUUACAACUACCAUUAACUAAAAAAUGUAAGAAAGAUUAUGAGAAAUAA